AUGGCUAAGAGCGUCGCCGUUAUUGGCGCUGGGCCUUCAGGAGCCAUUGCCGUCGACGCAUUGAUGCAGGAGAGGGUGUUCAAUGUUCGUGUCUUUGAAAGACAAGAGAAGGCCGGUGGAUGCUGGGUCUCAAGAGAUGAUGCGCCGCCGCAAAAGUUCGACCUUGAUGGUCUAGCAGCACGCACAGCAGAUGUGCCAUUGAAGAUCCCUGAGCAGCUUCCAUGCCGUACACCGGUAGUGGGCCAGGAUCGUUUUACUGAUUCACCGGUCUAUCCUGGGCUGGAGACGAACGUGGAUGCAGGUGCCAUGGAGUACUCUCAGGAGAAAAUUCCCACAGUUCGGUCGCAGUGGUCAAUCGAGCGCCAUGGCGAGGAUACGCCGUUCCGGCAUCAUUCUGUCAUGAGACAGUAUAUUGAGGACCUGUUCACAAAAAAGGGUAACGCAGAUCUUGUGCAGUACAAUACCACUGUUGAACGGGCAAUCAAAGACGCGGCCAGCCAAAAAUGGGUCCUCACUCUUCGACGCACAGAAAGCCUCAAUGAUAGCCAAUCUGACUAUUGGUGGUCCGAGACUUUCGAUGCACUUGUGGUUGCCUCUGGUCACUAUGCAGUGCCAUAUAUCCCUGCCAUACCCGGGUUGAAAGAGUUUGCGGAGCGGUAUCCGGGCAGCAUCGAACACACCAAGCAUUACCGCGGACCGGAGAAGUACCGUGGCAAGAAAGUCGUGACAGUCGGAGCAUCAGUAUCGGCUGCGGACACAGCAGUGAGCCUGGUUGGCACCGCUAAAUCCCCGAUUCACUGCGUGACCCGCGGUCGCUAUAACGUGUUUUUCGGCAACGAUGCAUUCCAGCACCCGAUGAUUCAAGAACGGGGACCGAUCUUGCAUAUCGGUGUCGAGGAUCGAUCGAUUCACUUCGAAGAUGGUACAUCCGAGACUGGCGUGGAUAACAUUCUCUUCGGAACCGGAUUCACCUGGACACUUCCUUUCCUGCCUGCAGUGCAAACGCGCAAUAACCGUGUCCCGGAUCUGUAUCAGCAUACAUUCUACCGCCACGAUCCCACCUUAGUGUUUGUCGGAGCUGUCGGAGCUGGUCUCACCUUCAAAGUCUUCGAGUGGCAAGCCGUGGCCGCCGCACGCGUGCUAGCAGGCAAAGCCACUCUCCCCAGUGUCUCCGAGCAAGAGAAGUGGGAAACAGAUCGCAUCGCAGAGAGAGGCGAUGGGCCUGCGUUCACAGUCAUCAACCCGGAGUUCAAGGCCUACUUCGAGGCCAUGCGCCUACUCGCCGGCGAGCCGCAGAAUGGUAUCGGACGCCCGCUCCCUCCUUUUGAAGAGAAAUGGGUCGAUGACUUCAACGCCGGCCACGAACGUCGCAAGAAGAUGUGGAGACGGAACAAUGCGGUGGGGAAGCUAUAG